UUCUUUCUCUCCAGGAGUUCGUUUGAAGGUUUUAGUGUGUGAAGGACGAAGUUUGAUACGUAUCUGUGCAAUAUGGAUGCCCCUUUGACUCCUGAGCUCAAGGCAGAGCUGAAAAGAAUUGCCGAAGCUAUUGUGGCUCCUGGUAAAGGGAUUCUUGCAGCAGAUGAAAGCACAGGUACAAUGGGAAAACGUCUAAGUGGAAUCGGCGUUGAGAACACCGAAGAAAAUCGUCGUCAGUACCGUCAACUUUUGUUCACKAGCGGAGGAAACAUGAAAGAUGCCAUUAGCGGUGUAAUUCUCUUCGAAGAAACCUUGUACCAGAAAGCAGACGAUGGGACUCCAUUUGUGAAAAUCCUUCGCGAUAAUGGCAUCAUUCCGGGAAUCAAGGUUGACAAAGGAGUUGUUCCACUAGCAGGAACAUUGGAAGAAGGCACCACUCAAGGCCUGGAUGGUCUCGCUGGACGUUGUGCGCAGUACAAGAAAGAUGGCUGUGACUUUGCUAAAUGGCGUUGUGUCCUUAGAAUAAGUGACAAGACACCAUCAGAAUUAGCCAUGAAGGAAAAUGCUAAUGUCCUUGCACGAUAUGCUACUAUCUGCCAACAAAAUGGUCUUGUUCCUAUCGUAGAACCCGAAGUGCUCUGUGACGGUGAGCAUACUUUGGAAAGAGCUCAAACCGUCACCGAAGCCGUUCUUUCUCACCAGUACAAGGCAYUGAUUGAUCAUCACGUGUAUUUAGAGGGAACGCUUUUGAAACCAAACAUGGUUACUGCAGGACAAAGUUGYCCAACCAAGUACWCCCCUGAACAAUGUGCUCAAGCAACAGUUCAAACACUGCAGAGGACUGUUCCUGUUUCKGUACCUGGCAUAGUGUUCCUGUCAGGUGGACAAUCUGAGGAGCAAGCAUCAGUUCACCUUAAUGCAAUCAAUCAGUAUGCUGGUAAAAAACCAUGGGCACUAACAUUCUCAUUUGGUCGAGCUUUGCAAGCAAGUGCAUUGAAAGCAUGGAGUGGUAAAGCUGGAAACAUCAAAGCAGGUCAGGAAGAGUUCCUCAAGCGUGCAGUUGCAAACGGGUUGGCAGCACAAGGACAGUACAAGGGUUGCGGAGAAAGUGCUGCUGGGCAGCAAAGUUUAUUUGUUGCUAAACAUCAAUACUAAAGACUCAUUGUUGUACUAAUAAUACUAAAAACCAACGUAGUUUUGUUAUAAAAUCAUAUUUAUAUUUAGUGGUAUCUGUCACUGAAGUCCUGGAUAAUUGUGUUUCUACAAGUAGCAGCCAAAUAUAAUGAAGAUGUUAAGGAGUAUUGAAUAAAAUCUGCUAAAAGGGUAAAUUUGAAAGUA